AUGAACUCCGGAGGUGCUAGUGGCAAGAUGGAUAGAAGUAGAGAGGCUGGAGAGCAGGGGGGAGUUGCUGGUGGAGGAGUGGGGACUCACCAACCAGCAACCCCUAUGCUACCUACUUCUUCUACACCAUCUCCUACUACCGUGGAUCCUGUGAAAGCUUUCUCUAUUGAGAAAUUCAUGGGGGAGGACUACGAGCACUGGAGUUUCCGCAUGAGGCUGAUGUAUACCCAAUGCAAGCUAUUGGAUUUGGUGGAGGGAAAGGAGAAGAUGCCGGAGGCCGCGGAGCUGAAAGGAGCGUGGAUGAAGCGAUCGUUCGACGCGUACAUGCUCAUGUCAUGGUCUGCCCUAGCGAUCAACCUCAACUCCCAACAACCCCAAUGGAGCGUGGAUUACAUUCGCGCGCGCAUCCUAGAGGAGGACCUGCGGCGGCGGAGUGUGGAGCGCUCGGAGGAGGGGGCUGGCUAUGGAGUUGGAGGUGGAAAGAGUGGCUUCAAGAAGAAGUGGAAGGGCAAGAACAAGGAUAACCCUAAGGAGGAUGGCGGCGGGGGUCAAGGGGAGGUGUGCUUCUACUGCAAGAAGCGCGGACAUCGUUGGCGGAAGUGCUACCAACGACCCAAGGAUUGGACCCCGCCUUCAUCAAGCAACCAGCGUGGUGGCACGAGGAGUGGGGGAGUCAUGGGAGCUAGUGGAGAGGAGAAGGAUGAGGAGAAAGGUGGCAAAUCUGAGGAGCGGUAA